GCGGCGCGGCCCCAUGGAGGGUCCCGACGGGGCCCCCGAGCAGGACCUCUACGAGCAGGACCUCUACGAGCAGGACUUCCACGAGCAGGACUUCCACGAGCGCUUCGCGGCCGAGCUGGAGGUGCUGGCCGAGCUCGAAGAUCCUCCCUCCCCGCCGCCAGCCCCCAGAGUCUCCCAGUUCCGCAGCAGAAAGCAGACGCCGGGGGAGGAUGCCGCCGCACGCAGCGCCGCGCACCUCGGGGAAGGCGCUCGCGGCCCCCCGGCCGCCAACCCCAAGAAGCGGGAGCUGGGCAGCAGCCCCCGGCGCCUGGCGGGGGAGGAGGCGUCCCCGGGGGGGCAGCUGCCCCCGCCGCCUUCUGCAGCGCUCACUCCGAAGCCAAAGCGGCAGCGGCUGGAGGCUGUCAAGAAGCUGAACUUCGGUGCGGGUGAUGAGUUGGUUCCUGAUUUCCCCCAGGAUGCUGUCACCCUGCCACCUUACCCGAUGGCACCCGCUGCCCUGCAGAGUGCCAGUGGCCUGAUGUUCUCCAACUUGGACCCCUUGGGAAUGAAUGACAUGGUUCCUCUGCAAACCACACCGCCCCCUGAGAAGAAUCCAAAGCGAGUUCUCAAGCGCCCACCCAUCCUGGAGGACUAUGUCAACGUGACAUCCACUGAGGGCACCAGAGUCUUUCUGGUCCUGAAGGAAGAUUGCUCCAGGACAGGGGUGGAGCUCCCCGACUCCCUGGGCUGGAACGCGCACCGGCCGCUUUACUUGCUGGGGGUACCUUUCUCCUACCUGAAGGAACAAGUGAAUGAAGAGCGUCGAAGGCAAGUUCUGGAGGCCUCGCAGCAGCUGACAGAGAUCAUAAACACCUGCCUUGAGAGCCAGGCCAGUGAUGAGACCCCGAAGCCUAGUGAGGAUGCGGAGAUGGCAGACGAUGAGGAGGAGUCUGCCUUGCACUGCCUCUGGGUGGAUAGAUUUACUCCCCGGCGCUACACCGAGUUGCUCAGUGAUGAUUACACAAACCGCUGCCUUCUGAAGUGGCUCAAGCUCUGGGACACAGUGGUGUUUGGCAAGGAGAAACCUCUGAAGAAAGCAAAGCCCAAUGCUGAGGCUCAUCCUCCACUCAGACAGCUCAAGGAGCAGCAGAAUAAGUGGAAAAGUAAGGCCCAGCUCACAGAGGAGAUCCUGGAGGCUGAGCUGGACCAGCACAAGAGACCCAAGUACAAGGCAGCAUUGCUGUGUGGACCACCUGGUUUAGGAAAGACCACGCUGGCCCAUGUCAUCGCGAAGCACGCGGGGUACAACGUGGUCGAAAUGAACGCCAGUGAUGACCGCAGCCCGGAAGCUUUCAAAACCCGCAUUGAAGCUGCCACGCAGAUGAAGUCCGUGCUGGGUGCCAACGAGAAGCCAAACUGCCUGAUUAUCGAUGAGAUUGACGGCGCGCCCACUGCGUCUAUCAAUGUGCUGCUAAAUAUCAUCAACCGUAAGGAGGUGGAGGCCGAGGCAGCGCCCGGCAUAGGCCGGAGGAGGAGGAGGGAAGGUGGCCUGCUGCUCAGACCCAUCAUCUGCAUCUGCAAUGACCAGUACGUCCCAUCUCUCAGGCAGCUGCGGCAGCAGUCGUUCCUGUUGAACUUCCCACAGACGGCCUCGUCCCGGCUGGCUCAGCGGCUCUCCGAGAUCGCCCUCAGGCAGGGCAUGAAGGCGGACACGGGAGCGCUCCUGGCCCUGUGCGAGAAGACGGAGAAUGACAUCCGCUCGUGCAUAAACACCUUGCAGUUCCUGCACGGCCGAGGCCAGAAGGAGCUAAGUGUGCAGAUGGUGCAGACAAUGAAGAUAGGCUUGAAGGACCAGAACAAGGGGCUCUUCUCCAUUUGGCAAGAGAUUUUCCAGCUUCCAAAGGUUCAAAGGCGCAGGAUAGGAGUGGACCCCGCUUUGCCAAACCAGCUCCUUGGGGACGACGACAGCCUGCUGCACCUCGGGACAAAGACCAGCUUCAACACGGCCUCGCACAGGUUCCACCACGUCCUUCACCUCGCCGUUGCUGUGGGGGAGCCUGAGAAGCUCACGCAGGGCUUGUAUGACAACUUUCUCAACAUGAAGCUGAGGGACUCCAGUUUCGGCUCGGUGUGCCUGGCCCUGGAGUGGCUGGGCUUCUCCGACGUGCUCGGCAGGGCUGUGCUGCACGGGCAGAGCUUCCAGCUGAUGAGGUACCUGCCCUUCCUACCCGUGGCUUUCCACCUCCUCUUUGCGGCUUCCAGCAUCCCCCGGCUGGUGUAUCCCCACAGCCAGCACGAGGCCUUGGCCAAGCUGAACCACAUGCAGAACCUCAUCAUGUCCAUGGUGUCGGGAAUAACGCCCAGCGCCCGGAGCCGUGCUGGGCAGCAGGCUUUCAUCUUGGAGGUGCUCUGUUUGCUCUUGGAUAUCAUCGCCCCGAAGCUCCGACCGGUGAACAUGCAGCUGUACAGCCUCAAGGAGAAGCAGCAGCUCACUGACCUCAUCAGCACCAUGCUGGCCUACAACCUUACCUACCACCAGGAGCGCACACCCGAGGGCCAGUACAUCUACAAGCUCGACCCGAACGUGGAAGACGUCUGCAGGUUCCCCGACCUCCCGGCUCGGAGGCAGCUCACCUACCAAGCCAAGCAGCUCAUAGCCAGGGAAAUUGAGCUGGAAAAAAUGAGGAGGAUGGAGGCUUUGCUCCAGGCACAAAACAGCGAGGAGCCCGGGACGGAGGCGACGGCGGACGCGAAGCUCCGAGCACCCCAGGCCGCUCCGCGCAACCACGAGCAGCGCCUGGAGCACAUCGUGAGGAAGGCCACCGCGGGCGAGAAGCCCGAGACCGACUUCUUCGGGCGCCCGCUCGUCAGGAAGGCGGCAGCCCCGGCCCCAGCGGCCCAGCCCGCCGAGCAGGACUCCAUCGAAAAGCAGAUCGGGAAGGCCGUGGGGAAGAGCGACGUCUGGUUCCGAUUUAACGAGGGCGUUUCCAACGCUGUCAGGAGGAAUAUCUACAUUAAGGACUUGCUCUAGCGGGACAGAAAGGAAGGCAAAGAAAUAGUAGGUGCAGAACAGAAAGAAAAAGCUCGGAGCUUCUAAUUUUCUUUCUAAUACCAGAUGUGGGGUGUGAGGAUGUUCCUGAUUUUUUUUUUAAUUUUCUACUUAGCUGUUUUGUAAAA